UGUAACUUCCUCCCUAUAAUUUGGAAUGUGGAUAGAGGGGGGUCAUAAUUCUCCCUGAGUGAGACUUGUCUGCUUCUCUGGCCCCUGGUCCUGUUCUGUUCUCCAGCAUGGUGUGUCUGAGAUUCCCUGGAGGCUCCUGCGUGGCAGCGCUGACAGUGACGCUGAUGGUGCUGAGCUCCCCACUGGCUUUGGCUGGGGACACCCGACCACGUUACUUGGAGCAGGCUAAGUGUGAGUGUCAUCACUUCAACGGGACGGAGCGGGUGCGGUACCUGGAAAGAUACUUCUAUAACCAGGAGGAGUAUGUGCGCUUCGACAGCGACGUGGGGGAGUACCGGGCGGUGACGGAGCUGGGGCGGCCUGACGCGGAGUACUGGAACAGCCAGAAGGACAUCCUGGAGCAGAAGCGGGCCGAGGUGGACAGAUGCAGACACAACUACGAGGUUUCAGAGAGGUUCCUAGUGCCGCGGAGAGUACAACCUAAGGUGACUGUGUAUCCUGCAAAGACCCAGCCCCUGCAGCACCACAACCUCCUGGUCUGCUCUGUGAGUGGUUUCUAUCCAGGCAGCAUUGAAGUCAGGUGGUUCCGGAAUGAUCAGGAAGAGAAGGCUGGGGUGGUGUCCACAGGCCUGAUCCAGAAUGGAGACUGGACCUUCCAGAUCCUGGUGAUGCUGGAAACAGUUCCUCAGAGUGGAGAGGUUUAUAUCUGCCAAGUGGAGCACCCAAGCGUGACCAGCCCUCUCACAGUGCAAUGGAGAGCGCAGUCUGAAUCUGCACAGAGCAAGAUGCUGAGUGGAGUUGGGGGCUUUGUGCUGGGCCUGCUCUUCCUUGGGGCAGGGCUGUUCAUCUACUUCAGGAAUCAGAAAGGACGCUCUGGACUUCAGCCAACAGGACUCCUGAGCUGAAGGGAAGAUGACCACAUUCAAAGAAGAACCUUCUGCCCCAGUUUUGCAGGAUGAGAAGCUUUCCCGCUUGGCUCUGAUUCUUCCACAAGAGAGAGUUUUCUCAGGACCUGGUUGCUGAUGGUUCAGCAACUCUGCAGAAAUGUCCUCCCUUGUGGCUUCCUCAGCUUCUGCCCUUGGCCUGAAGUCCCAGCAUUGAUGACAUUUCCUCAUCUUCAACUUACAUACUCCUCUUUACCUAACCCUUCAUGCCUCCCGUGCAUCUGUACUCACCCUGUGCCACAAACACAUUACAUUAUUAAAUUUUUCUUAAACAUGGAGUUAAAAA